AACAUAUUAAAUAUUCUAGGCAUAAAUAUCCUGAUGGGUGUAAAAAAACUUCCAUCUUUCAGAGAUUACUGGUCGAGAAAUCCUCAACUGAACGAUCAAUAUAUCAGUUCUAUAAUGACGUUCAAUCGUUUUUCCUUCAUCAUGAAUCAUCUACAUAUCAAUGACAAUGAUAAAGAACCACGCAAGGGAGAUCCUUGUUACGAUAAAUUAUACAAAAUCCGUCCAAUGAUAACAUGCCUGAAUGAAACGUUCAAAAACUGCUUCAAGCCCAACAAGAAUCAAAGUAUAGAUGAACCGAUAGUCAAGUUCAAAGGAAGGAGUAGUAUGAAACAGUACAAUCCAAUGAAACCAAUAAAACGUGGGUUCAAAAUAUGGGUCCGAGCCGAUCAGACAGCUUAUGUCUGUGAAUUUCAAGUGUAUACGGGUAAAGUAGGUAAAACACCAGAGACCAAUUUGGGUGGGCGAGUUGUAAUCGAUUUGACUCGAGAAAUCGUAGGGGGUAAUGAUCGCGUUUAUUUCGAUAAUUUUUUUACUAGUGUGAAUCUCUUGACGUCCCUGAAACAAGAAAAAAUAUUUGCCUGUGGAACUGUCAGGAAAGAUCGAAAAGAUCUGCCGAAGAAUCAUAAACCUGACAAAGACAUGAAGAGAGGAGACUGCGAAUACAAAACUUCUCCUGAUGGUCUUGUGUGGUUAAAAUGGAUGGAUAAGAAAGCUGUUUACUUUCUAUCGAAUUUUCACGACCCACUUGAAAUGGUAACUGUAAAAAGAAAGGAAAAAGAUGGUUCUUCGACAAGCAUCAGAUGCUCAAAAAUUGUUCGAGAUUAUAACCAGCAUAUGGGCUAUGUUGACAAUGCAGACCAGUUGAAAUCGACUUACGCGAGAGACAGAAAAUCGAAAAAGUGGUGGCAGCGGAUUUUUUGGCACCUUAUGGAUACUGCUGUUGUGAACGCGUAUAUACUUUAUAUAGAACAGGGGAAUAGAGAUAAUCUAAAUCUCAAAACUUUCAGGUUAGGCCUAGUAAAUGCAUUGGUUGGGGCAUCCAUUGAAUGUAAGAAAGGCAGACAUUCAAAACCCCAGGCGCGCGGCGGACGUAAACCACAAGUAUCAAUAAAUAAAAGACAGGCCGAAUCGAAACAUAUGCCGCUGUAUGAUUCCAACCGAAAACGUUGUGCUCAUUGUAGCACUAAAAACGUGGAACAAAGAUCGCACUGGAAGUGUACAAUAUGUAAAGUACCCUUAUGCCUCAAUAAUGUCAAAAAUUGUUUUGCUGACUAUCAUAAAUAGAGAUAUUGAAAAAAAAACAAGUAGAA